CCACCGCUCCAGAAACCCUCGUUCCGAUUGCAUUGCUCCGUUGGCUUAAAGGCGCAGCGCGGUCACGUCUCGGAUCAGCACGGGGCGUGUUAUGUAAUGGGCACUGAGCCCUUGCCGAGACGCUGUCCAUUUCAGCACCAAGGCCCGCCCAGCGCUCCUCCCCAGCCACCAUCACCUCCCCCCACACAUUCCCACCCGCACGAACCACUCCUCCUCCACGCCUCAUACUCAGCGCUGUUCCUCUGCUCUCUCCCUCACACCACUCACACGGCGGGCUCAUUUCGCCCGCUUUCCAUUGCGAGCAGUCGCACUUUUUUUUUAACCAAACAAACAAAACAACGGAACGACGGACCCUUUGGGAUAAAACACACACACAACAACAACAACAACAACACAAGGGCCACGGUUGUCACGUGUGCGAGAUGGUGAGAUCGAGGAUUCGGAGGAAGUCAUCUCGAAGACACAUCACCUGGCUCUUCACGAGAGGCACCACCGCAAGCUUCAGCAGCAGCAGCAGCAUCAACGGCGACGGCGCCUAAGCGGCCUCGGCACAGAACCCCCAGAACGCACGGCUGUAGUCGGAACGGUUCCACCACCCCCCCACCCCCGCUCGCCCCCCUCCCCCACUUCUCCCCAGCAGCGACGCCUCAAGCAUGUCCCUGUUCUGCAGACGAUCCGUGGAGGAGUAUCAGGUGGUGUCUAGCGUAGUGAGCGGGCCCGGGGGCGUCGGAGGCCGAGGAGGUCGCGGCACGGACUUCAAGAAGAAGAAAAAGAGGCAACGCUUCGUCGCCAAGAACGGCCGCUGCAACGUGCAGCACGGCAACGUGAGCGGCGAGACGGGCCGAUACAUCUCCGACAUCUUCACCACGCUCGUCGACCUCAAGUGGCGCUGGAACCUGCUCAUCUUCAUCCUCACCUACACCGUGGCGUGGCUCGUGAUGGCCGGAUUCUGGUGGCUCAUCGCCUACGUGCGCGGAGACAUGGACAUCGCGCGCGACGCGGAUUACACGCCAUGCGUCGCCAACGUCUACAACUUCCCGUCGGCCUUCCUCUUCUUCAUCGAGACGGAGGCCACCAUCGGCUACGGCCACCGCUACAUCACGGAGCGGUGCCCCGAGGGCAUCCUCCUCUUCCUCUUCCAGUCGCUGCUCGGCUCCAUCGUGGACGCCUUCCUCGUGGGCUGCAUGUUCAUCAAGAUGUCGCAGCCCAAGAAGCGCGCCGAGACGCUCAUGUUCAGCGAGAGCGCGGUCAUCUCGAUGCGCGACGGGAGACUCUGUCUCAUGUUCCGCGUCGGGAACCUGCGCAACAGCCACAUGGUGUCGGCGCAGAUCCGCUGCAAGCUGCUCAGGUCGCGGCAGACGCCCGAGGGCGAGUUCCUGCCGCUGGAUCAGCUGGAGCUGGACGUGGGAUUCGGCACGGGCGCCGAUCAGCUGUUUCUGGUGUCGCCCCUCACCAUCUGCCACGUCAUCGACACCAACAGCCCCUUCUACGAGCUCUCCUAUCGCUCCAUGCAGACGGAGCAAUUCGAGAUCGUCGUCAUCCUCGAGGGCAUCGUCGAGACGACCGGCAUGACGUGCCAGGCGCGCACCUCCUACACGGAGGACGAGGUGCUCUGGGGCCACCGCUUCCUGCCCGUCAUGUCGCUCGAGGACGGCUUCUUCCGCGUCGACUACUCGCAGUUCCACAGCACCUUCGAGGUUCCCACGGCGCCGCAGAGCAUCAAGGAGCAGGAGGAGGCCACCUCGCUGCUGCAGUCGCCGCUGUCGCCGCAGCGCGCCCUGCUCGCCGAGAGCCGCAGGAAAGACUCGGGCGGCUUGGACUGCCAAGACGGCGGCCCCGGCGAGGCGGCGGCCCCGGCGGCCGCGGCGCGCCUGCCGUCCAAGCUUCAGAGGAUGAGCGCGGGAGGCGGCGACGUCCAGAGCAGGCGGCUGCUGCGCAUGAGCUCCACCAUCAGCGAGACGGUGUCGAGCGCCGGCAUCGGCUUCGGCCUGGGCAGCGACAGCAUGAGCGAAAUCCCGCUCAGGAUGAAGCGCAUGGGCUCGGAGCCCGAGGAGCGCUUCCCGCUCAGGACCUUCAAGAUGAACUCGGACGCGGGCGUGCAGAGGAGCCCGGCGGUGGGCGGCAGGUCGGAGUUGCCGGCCAAGCUGCAGCGGAUGAACACGUGCAUCAGUUUCCGAGCUCCGGAGGAGAUCCUGCCGGCCAAGCUGCGCAAGAUGAACGGAUAGGCGCUGGCGCGGGUACGGGAAGGAGGCGGGGGAGGCGGCGGCUGUGCUGCUGCUGCUGCUUUGCUAACCCGCGUGAGCGCUGGCGGUAUCGCCACGGGCGGACGGAGAUGGAGAGCACGGGGCGGGCAGAAGCCGGGCGACGGGAGACGUGGGAAGUUGGCGGCUUGUGAGAGCGUUGGCGGCGCUGGCGCUCCUCCGACUUCUCGAGCCGAAAUCUCCCCUUGAGCUGCAGUACGAGGCAUUGGCUGUUUUUUGUUGUUGUUAUUGUUGUUGCCGUUUUAAUUGCGACUCAACGCGAGCCCGCCGCGAAACGCCAACAUGGGUGGGGGGGGGGGGGAAACAGAAACACCGCGAACAGCAACGGGACUUCGGUGGUUUCGAAUCCACACUCCGCUGAUGGUUGGUUUCGGGUCCCGACACAAUCUUCGGGAUUUACUGCACCGUCGACCCGCGAGGUAUUUGCCACCGGUGCUGCUUUCAUCGCUCCUCCUCCUCCCCCACCACCCACCCACCUCCCCGUCCCUCCGGGACAUCGGAACUCUCGGCCCCCUUCACGUACGGCGAGCCCACACCGACGGCAUCCCGAACAGCACAAAGUUUUACCACGCAGAGCGAGCGUGCAUUUCGGUCACCGUCGGCAAGAAAAUUGGAGAGGGAGGGAGGGAGGGAAAGAGAGUGUGAACGAAAAUAAUUUCACAUUGAUGAAUGUGCAUAUUUUUCAGGGUAACAGAGUGGCUUUUUUGAUGCCAUACAUGAAUACCGUGCCUACAAUGAAAGACCUUUGAUUACUGAUUCGCCCUAGCAUGUGUGACAAUAAUAUAAACAGGGCUACCUAUAUAUACAUAAUUCUAUAUUAUUAUUAAAGGCAACAAAAUAGCACACAUUUAUUGAAGCUGUAAAGCUUAUUGCACAAUUUUAUAACACGUUAAUGUUUCGAUAUAUAAUUUAACCUGCUCAUGUGUUCCCUUUGUGAUGUGUAUACAAAACGAAAUUAUCAUCAUAUAAUACAUGCACUACAUAUUUUAUGUCACUCGGUGAUGCAGUGUCUGUGCUGUUUAUGUCUCUCGUGUAAGAAACCUACUUGAUUAAGCACGUUGUAACAGCUGUAGUAAAAAAACGUAGCAUAUUUACAUAACGUCUAUUCGCAUUUACAUUAAACAUAUGUAUUCGAUUCUAUCCAUUCAGCAUUUUAGACAAGUCGGACGUUGGCUUUAUGACAAAGCCUCAAUAAUAACAACAGCCACUGCCGCACCCAUGCUUACGUUGUGUUGUUCAGUGUACAAGUAAACGAGUGUCGCUCACGGGGCAACCACUGACGGCCCUGAACCCGCACCGCAUCGCCUCCUUCCCCUCCCCGUCCCCCUCCCGUUACGCGCUCGUCUCAUCUCCAAGCUUGCCAACGGAUGCAUGAGUGGCGCUCCGUGCUGCUUUGCGAGCCGCUGUGUCGACUGUGCAUUGGCGCCCGGGUCAUUGCCCCUGAACAGCUGCCGCUGUGGAGGAGGAGGAAGUGGAGUAGGAUGAGAAGGGACGCCGUCCCUCGCCGAGCGUGGUGCGUGCCAAGGUUGGCUUCUAAUUGAGCGACGACACACGCGAGCCGAGCCGCCUCGGCACGCAUUGGCAUAAACGGGGGGCAUUCCCUACCCGGUUGUGGCGAUGCUGUGUGGGUGGCGGAGUGGGGGGAUGGGGUCGAAGGGAAAGGAAGCUGUUCUUUGGGAUUAUAUCGGGUCCGCCGUGACGGAUGAUGACUACGUGAGUAAUCUGCAGCCACCACCCACCGCCCCGCUAGCCGAGUCGAAACUUUGAGCUGCCGGAUGAGAAUGGGGAUAACCCUUCGACCAUGCACACAGCAACCUAAUUUCACGUUUGUCUGGCCGGGCGGGACGGUGGCAGAACGCUCCUUACUCACGGUUCGAGAGUUCAAAGUCCCCACUCGGGAUAAUGACUCAACCACAUCGUCUCUCCUGGGGGGGUCUUUUCACAAUGCAGUGCCACUUGGUGGAAAAUUUGUAACGGCGAGGAGUUGGACGGAGAAGACUCUCCUCCGCUGGCUCGGUGCCACCGCACGGAGAUGGACACCGGCAAAACGAUUGUUUGUGUGUUGUUGGGAUACGUCGUUGAAAAGAAUAUAUUCGGGGAUGAUAGGCCUCGCCCUGCAGCCAUUAUAUCCCCCCUCCUUGGACUGCUGAUGGGGGGGGGGGGUCCAGGUUUUAUGGAUGCAUAAUGCAAGGAGCAGUAGCCAUGUGAAUCUGGCCUUCGGUGCGUGGAAGCGUACGUGUCGGGACGACAAGCGUGUGCGUGGCACGUGCAGGGAAAGCGGAAGGCGAAUAAACUCACGGGGUUUUGCAUCAGA